CCUGCGUCAUCUGGCCGGCGGCUCCGCACCUCUCGAUCCAGCUCGCGUCCACGUUUUAACGGUUCCACUCCUAACACUGCCUGCCGGCUGUGGCUGAGCUCAGACUUGGAUCACUUCACUGCUCGUCCCUUUCCCCACUCUUUCUGGGCUCUGACUGACAUGCGACGAAUCCCCAUGGCCGCGGCGGCGAGGAAACCCGUCUCCGCCCUGCUGCUGCCAAUCUGGCUCUUCUGCCUCCUCGUCUGCUCGUCCAGCGCGCAGCCGUACAUCGGCGUCAACUACGGCGAGGUGGCGGACAACCUGCCGCCGCCGGAGGAGACGGCGAGGCUGCUCAAGUCCACGGCCAUCUCCAAGGUGCGGCUCUACGGCGUCGACGCGGGGCUCAUCCGCGCGCUGGCGGGGUCCAACAUCUCCGUCGUCGUCGGCGUGGCCAACGGCGACAUCCCCUCGCUGGCCGCCGACCCGGCCGCGGCGUCCCGGUGGCUGGCCGCCAACGUGCUCCCCUUCGUCCCGGCGACGUCCAUCUCCGCCGUGGCCGUGGGCAACGAGGUGCUCGAGUCCGGGGACGCCUCCCUGGCAGCGGCGCUGCUCCCGGCCAUGCAAAACCUCCGCGCCGCCGCGGCGGCCGCGGGCGGCGCAGCGGCCGGGAUCAGGUUCUCGACCGUCAACACCAUGGGCGUGAUGGCGCAGUCCGACCCGCCGUCCACGGGCGCGUUCCACCCGGACAUCGCGCCGCAGCUGCAGGGGAUCCUGGGAUUCCUCAGCAGGACCGGCGCGCCCUUCAUGAUCAACCCCUACCCCUGGUUCGCCUACCAGUCCGACCCGCGGGCGGAGACGCUGGCCUUCUGCCUGUUCCAGCCCAACGCCGGCCGCGUCGACGCCGGGUCCAAGAUCAAGUACACCAACAUGUUCGACGCGCAGCUGGACGCCGUCAAGUCCGCGAUGGUGCGCGCCGGGUACGGGAACGUGGACAUCGUGGUGGCGGAGACGGGGUGGCCGACCAAGGGCGACGCCGGGGAGCCCGGCGCGACGGUGGAGAACGCGAGGGCGUACGUGUCGAACCUGGUGUCCCACCUGCGGUCCGGCGCCGGCACGCCGCUGGUGCCGGGGAAGCCGGUGGAGACGUACCUGUUCGCGCUGUACGACGAGGACCUCAAGCCCGGGCCGGAGUCGGAGCGCUCGUUCGGGCUGUACCACACGGACCUGAGCGCGGCGUACGACGCCGGGCUGACGUCGUCGGGUGCGGCGGCGGGGAGCCCGAGCGCGGGGGGAGGGCCGGCGAAGGCGAGCGGCGGGUGGUGCGUGGCGCGGGACGGCGCGACGGACGCGGACCUGCAGGCGGACCUGGACUACGCGUGCGCGCAGGUGGGCGUGGACUGCGGCGCCAUCCAGCCCGGCGGCGCGUGCUUCGAGCCCAACACGGUACGCGCCCACGCGGCCUACGCCAUGAACCAGCUGUACCAGGCAGCGGGGCGCCACCCCUGGAACUGCGACUUCCGGGCCUCCGCCACGCUCACCUCCGACAACCCCAGUUACGGCGCGUGCGUGUACACCGGGGGAGGCCAAUGAUAGGAGGCAGAGGCCGCACUGCUAACCCCGACAACCUCCUCGUGGCAUGAUUGACUUGGCGAGUGGCGAUUUGGGCCUACGGCGAAGGGCCUGGACUCUGCUCUAUGGACGGACCGAAUAAAGCUACGAAUAAUGGUGGUGGUUGUCGUGGCGUAGGAAUGGAUGCAAUCGCAAAUGCAGAGCGUCCCCUCGUUGUUCGGCUUCGUCGCAGCAGGAGAAUGGCUGGGCCGCUCCUUGUGUUGUCAAAUGUGAUGGUUCCGGCUAGCGCUUUGGGCAUGUGUUGGGUUUGCUGCGACUUCGUGUAAAAUCAGGAAUUGUCAGCUGUUGUCAGUGCUGGCGUGCGGUUGUAUUAGUAGUAUGCGUGUGCAGUGUGUGUCUGUAAGUAGAAUAUGACUGCAUUAUUCAAAACUUUAUUUGUCAUUAACAUGUUAGCAUCAUGCGCUGCAAAGCAGCUGGUUCCUGUGGAA